AUGCUCGGGCUGGCGAGGGGGCUGGUCAGAUGUGGCUCGAAGGGGCGAUGUUCAGUGCCGCGCGGCGGGAUGGAAAGCCUGUCGAGUUUGGCCCGGGGCGAGGCGCUGGGUGCCUGCGGCGCUGAUCCCUGGUCGGAGGACUUCGAGGACAGCGUGAGGGCGACGGAGAACCUCCUGGAGGCCCUGAGGCGCGAGGUGGGCGCGGCCAUGGACGGCGGCGGCCCCGCGGCCGUGGAGCGCCACCGCCGGCGCGGCAAGUGGCUGCCCAGGGAGCGCAUCGCCAAGCUGCUGGACCCCGGGGCCCCGUUCCUUGAGCUGUCCCAGCUGGCGGGGAGGGAGCUGUACGGGGAGGAGGAUGUGCCGUGCGGUGGGAUCGUCACGGGUCUGGGGGCCGUGCACGGCCGGCCGGUGGCCGUGGUAGCCAACGAUGCCACCGUCAAGGGCGGGACGUACUACCCCAUCACAGUGAAGAAACACCUGCGCCUGCAGGAGGUUGCGGAGGCGUGCGGCCUGCCGUGCGUUUACUUUGUGGACUCGGGGGGCGCCAAUCUGCCCCGCCAGGCGGACGUGUUUCCUGACAGGGACCAUUUCGGGCGCAUCUUCUACAACCAGGCGCGGAUGUCGGCGGCCGGCAUCCCCCAGCUGGCGGUGGUGGCGGGGUCGUGCACGGCGGGCGGGGCCUACGUGCCCGCCAUGGCCGACGAGACGGUGAUCAUCCGCGGCAAUGGGACGAUAUUCCUGGGCGGCCCGCCGCUGGUGCGGGCGGCCACGGGGGAGGAGGUCAGCGCGGAGGAGCUGGGGGGCGCCGAGGUGCACACCGGCACGUCCGGGGUGGCGGACCACCUGGCCGAAGACGAGGCGCAUGCCGUGCAGAUUGCGCGCAACAUUUUGGCCAACAUUGACGGGAGGAGGGAGGCGAUCGCCGGCCCCCCGCCGGCCUUCGAGGAGCCGCUGUUUCCGGCCGAGCAACUGCGGGGGGUGGUGCCCAGGGACGCCAAGAGGCCGUGGGACGUGCGUGCGGUGCUGACGCGUGUGCUGGACGGGAGUAGGUUCCACGAGUUCAAGGCCAGGUACGGGAGGACGCUGGUGACGGGCUUCGGGGCCAUCCACGGCCACACCGUGGGGGUGGUGGCCAACAACGGAAUACUUUUCUCUGAGUCCGCGGUCAAGGGGGCGCACUUCGUGCAGCUGUGCGGCCAGAGGAACAUCCCCCUGGUUUUCCUGCAGAACAUCAUGGGCUUCAUGGUGGGGAGGAGGUACGAGGCGGGGGGCAUCGCCAAGGACGGGGCCAAGAUGGUGAUGGCGGUGGCCAACGCCGCAGUCCCCAAGUUCACGGUUAUCAUCGGCGGCAGCUUCGGGGCGGGCAACUACGGCAUGUGCGGCCGGGCCUACGGCCCCAACCUCCUGUUCAUGUGGCCCAACGCGCGGAUCAGCGUCAUGGGGGGCGAGCAGGCCGCCGGGGUGCUGUCCAUGGUGGAGGACGACAAGCGCAGGAGGGCAGGGGCGCCUUGGGGCCCGGAGGAGAGGGCGGCGUUCGAGCGGCGCAUACGGGAGCGCUACGACCGCGAGGGUGACGCCAUGUACUCGACAGCCAGGCUGUGGGACGACGGCGUCAUCGAUCCCGCCGACACGCGGUGGGUGCUGGGCCUGGCUCUGGCGGCCGCCGCGGGCGUGCCCAGACGCGAGAGCCGCUACGGUGUCUUCAGGAUGUGA